GCCGGCCUCCUGACGCUCCUCGCAGCCAGCGGGGAGGAGGCCGCGCGCAGGCGCGGGGCGGGAAACUGGCGCUAGCGCUGAAGCCCAGCCCGGCAGCAGGGCGCUGCAGCAAACAUGAAGGUCAUCACUUGUGAAAUAGUGUGGCAUAAUAAGGAGCCUGUUUACAGCUUGGACUUCCAGCACGGAGCUGAUGGGAAGAUCAAUCGACUGGCCUCAGCAGGUGUGGACACAGCCGUUCGGAUAUGGAAAGUGGAAAAAGGACCAGAUGGAAAAGCAAUUGUGGAAUUCUUAUCCAACCUUGCCCGCCAUACAAAAGCAGUAAAUGUUGUGCGCUUCUCUCCAAGUGGUGAGAUCCUAGCAUCUGGAGGAGAUGAUGCUGUUAUUUUAUUGUGGAAGCUGAAUGAUAGCAAAGAAUUGGAACCAUUGGUUUUUCAGGAAGAGGAUGAAGCUCAGCUCAACAAAGAGAACUGGGCAGUCGUUAAAACUUUAAGAGGCCACUUAGAAGAUGUGUAUGAUAUCUGUUGGACCUCAGAUGGAAAUUACAUGGCAUCUGCUUCUGUAGAUAACACAGCUAUAAUGUGGGAUGUCAAUAAAGGACAGAAGGUUUCAAUAUUAAAUGAACACAAGAGUUAUGUCCAAGGAAUAACAUGGGAUCCUCUAGGCCAGUACAUUACAACUCUGAGUUGUGAUAGGGUCCUGCGGGUAUACAACACGCAGACCAAGCGUGUAGCGUUCAAUAUUACCAAGAUUGUAUCUGGAUCAGGAGCUGAAGGAGAGGCUAGGAGCUAUCGGAUGUUCCACGAUGACAGCAUGAAGUCAUUUUUCCGCAGGCUCAGUUUUACUCCUGAUGGCUCCUAUUUACUCACUCCAGCUGGCUGUGUUGAAUCAGGAGAAAAUGUAACAAACACCACAUAUGUUUUCUCCAGAAACAAUCUUAAAAGGCCUGUGGGUCACCUGCCAUGUCCUGGAAAAGCAACUCUUGCUGUUCGCUGCUGCCCAGUCUACUUUGAGUUGAGACGAGCAUUUAAUAAAGAUGGAAUUGGUCAGAAAUCGUCUCCUGCUCUGUUUGAUCUGCCCUAUCGACUGGUGUUUGCUGUUGCUUCAGAAGAUUCUGUGCUUUUUUAUGAUACUGAGCAGUCCUUCCCCUUUGGUUAUGUUUCUAACAUACAUUAUCACACCCUGAGUGACAUUUCAUGGUCCAGCGAUGGAGCCUUUCUUGCUAUCUCCUCCAUGGAUGGAUACUGUUCAUUUGUUACCUUUGAGAAGGAUGAACUUGGAAUACCACUGAAGGAGAAGCCACAGAUAAAUGUCAGGACUUCUGGUGUAACAGAGAAGAAAGUGAAAAAGAGCCAGCCACACAAAGUCAUUUCCCCAGGUUCUAGACUGACAGAAGCAAUGACUCCCAGCAGGGUCACUGAUCCCAGCACUGUCACUCUCCAACCUAGAACACCCACAGCUGCUGGUAAGGACUUGCCUUCCACACCUGUUGUCGUAAAAAACAUUCCAGUCUCAUCCCCAGAUGAGAGGAAAAUCGGCCAGUCAGCCAGCCAGAGCGCUAAAGCAAACCAGCCCAGGAGAAUUACUCUCAACACUUUACAAGCAUGGAGCAGGACUCCAAGGAGAGUAAACUUGAUUCCACUGAAGGCAGAUACGCCAGCCCCUGCAGAUGCAGUUCCUAUACUUCCUUCCUCAGAACAAGAACAUGAGAGGUCAUUACCAUCUGAUGACAGCCUUCAAAAGUCCCCAGCAUCGAAACGUCCUAGAACUGAGGAUGUGGCUCUUUCUACAUCUACUGAAGAUGAAAUCGUCUGUAAUUCAAACAAAUAAAGACUAAGCUUUUAGUAGACUCUUCACAGUCUGAAGGAGAUGCAGCCGUAUCUGAGAGUGCAUUUCUUUUUGCAAAUGUUAAAUCCUCAGUUCCUGAUUAGAGUACCAUUUGUGUAUUUGAUGUAGUGCUUUGAAGAAAGUAUCAGUAGAAGAUACAGGGUUCUGGAAGGUAGCUUUGCUGAGGAAGAAUUAAUUGGGAAGUGACUUUUAAGUUUUUCUACUUCUUGAAGAAAGCGUUCUUCAAGAAAUGGCAGUGCUUGAGGAAAUCGAGGAAAAUCUGGCUAUUGAUUACAGUAACUGAAGAGUCUACAUCAAACUCCCAAAGUUGGUGUUUAUAAAUUGUCACAUUUGCCAGUAUCCUCUCUGGCAAAAGAAUUAAGUUUCUAAGGACUUAAACACAUUCAUAAUGAUUCGUUGUGGUUUAAGCCCACCCCUCCCCCC